GUCUAUUCUUAAACUCCACUUUCCUGGAUCCUCCGCAUAACGCACCUCAGUUCAUGUACACGACCAUCACGACAAGACUCGCAUAAAUAUGCCCAAGGGUUCUACUACGCCCUGGUCUUACAUAUUCGUUCGGUUGCUCUUCAAGUUUGUGCUGAAGAUAUUCUAUGGGACCAUCGUUGUCGAGAAUGCUGAUCUUAUACCAAAGACCGGGCAACCAUGCAUUGUCUGCGCCAACCAUUCCAAUUCCCUAACGGAUGCACUUCUUAUGGUAACCUCUAUGCCGUCCAGAACGCGUAAUAUGCUCCGUCUCACGGCAAAAUCCACCCAAUUCGGCCAUCGGACAUUUACCAGUUGGCUGAUUGAAUCCGCAGGCACAGUACCUAUAAAGCGGCGCAAAGAUUAUAAUAACAGCGAGGUUGAUAACAGUCAAACCAUGGAUAAGCUCAUGGAUGCACUCGAACUUGGAGACGCAGUUUGUUUAUUUCCGGAGGGGGCAAGUCGCUAUCACCCCACUAUAGCCCCGCUUAAGACAGGAGUGGCUCGCAUUGUUUCGGAUGUCCUGAGCCGUAAUCGUGAUGAUCCAAACUUUUCCGUUUCCAUUCUGACGUGUUCAGUCACUUACAUGCAUCGACAACAUUUCAGGUCAGAUGUCCUAGUGACAUUCAACCCCCCAAUGACGUUCACUCCCAAAGACAAUCCAGAGCUCCUCGCUCCUGUUCACUAUGACGAAAUCCGGGGUCUAACUGCACGGAUGCAUCAACAAAUUAGUUCCCGGACGAUUGACUCGCCAUCUUGGGAAUUUGUGAGGUCCGCAAAGAUGGCAACACGCAUAUAUGCACCUCUUGGGACUCGUAUGAGCCUGGGAGAUUAUGUGCGAGUCACCAGAACAUUUGUCGAGGCCUUCAAAGCUUCCGACGAUACCCAAAAGAGCAAGCGUACUAGUGCUGAAGACCAAUCUAUUGACUUUACCAGUGAGGACAUUGAGCUCAACCAACUGCGUCGUGACCUCAAGACAUACCAAGACCGACUUGUUCACUGGGGUAUCAAAGACGACCGGAUUGCGCGCCCCCUCUCGUUACGAACGAUUACCAUGCGAAUGGUCAUUCGACUGACGUGGUUCAUAUGUCUCUUUACCAUCUCUCUUCCAGGCCUGAUGCUCUGGACACCCGUAUUCAUCACCACAUUCAUCGCCGUCCGUAAUUUCAAGAGAACCGGGCCAGUCUGGGACACCUUUGACGAAAUCGCGCAAUAUAAGCUUGUCUACGGGCUAUUCUCGGGUCUAUCCGUCUGGGCUGCUUGCAUUCUGUUCACGCUUCCUUCUGCCGCGAUCACCACGUUUCUCGUCCCCGCUAUGAUGUGGAUGACGCUGAGAUGGACGGAGGAUGCUGUUUCGGCUUUUCGCGCCUUUAUGGCACUGGCAAGGCUGUUGUGUGUGGGGAAGAAGACGCUGAACGAGAUACGAAUAACAAGGCGCGAUCUGCAAGCAAGAUUGAUGAGCAUCGCUGUGGGGACUUUGGGGUUGCCGGAUGAUCCCGAGAAGUUUUUCGUCAGAAGUGGGGGUAAGCAGAAGGGUCGGGUGAGGAGCACCUGGGACAGCGGGGCGAAGUACUUCUCUGUGAGGAGGAGGCGGAAGAGGGACUGGAAUGAGACGUUGAGGCUAUAUGACCAGGUUGAUUAUCCAGAAGAGGGCUUAUAAGAUCUAAUGUUUGGUAUUUUGUUGUUUUGCAUACAUCUUGCUUUGACAAUCGCACCUUUACGAAUAAGCCUGA